AUGGGUCAACUACCAACCGUUAAAUGCUCCCCUCCGCGGCACCUGGUUACUGCCAGUGAAGUUGCCCAUUCCCUGGGUAAGCCCGCUUUCCCCCCUCGCCCCCCUCUAAUCGGCAGUUUUCUUCAGAACAAGUCCCAACACAUUCCGCCGCAACUCAGAUUUACGGAGACUGAUCUGCUCGAUGCCUGUCGGUUUUUCGGAUCCCAGCUGGCGUGUGUCAUUGACCUCACCUACACAAACUACUAUGAUCCGGCGAUUUUUCGACAGCAUGGUGUUAUGUACAAAAAGAUUUUCGUCGAGGGUCAUGUUGUACCACGGGACUCCGUCGUCGCAGAGUUCAAUAAAGUGAUUGACGAGGUCAGUGAAAAGUCCCCAAGCGGAAUUAUCGCCGUUCACUGUACACAUGGAAUCAACCGAACUGGCUACCUCAUUUGUCGCUACCUUAUUGACCAACUUGACUGGGCUCCCGAGGACGCGGUCAAAGAAUUUGCCGUCGCCCGUGGCUAUGGAAUUGAACGUGAGAACUUCCUUGAGGACCUCCGUGCUCGAAAGUAG